AUGAAUCCACAGUACGAUAGUACGUUGAUUGGGAUACUUCAGAACGAAGGCAGCCUGGAGAAAUAUCUUGAUGUAAUGUUUGGCUUUCUCAUGCGAAGGACUGAUUUCUUUUACGAACAUCAACCGGGAGAUAAAUUAGGUUUUCCCCCGGGAUAUGCUCUGAAACUUGUGCUAAAGACCUAUGAAAAAUAUCAUACAAUCUUCAAAAAGUAUCAAGAACAGCAUCUUAAAGGCAAAGUAAUUGAUGAUAUCGUUGAUGAUAAACAUGCCACAAGUAAACCGAGUGACACAAAGGCUGACGGUCAGUUAUCGAACCCGGCCUCGACAGUUGACUUAAAACAAAAACCUUCAAAACCGACGCAAAAGGCGUCGACAGGCCCUGGUUCGACAUUUAAAAAGGAUAAAAAUGGGGAGCGAUUUUAUGAAGCAGAGCCAGAUUGCUAUAAUGGUGCAAGACGUGAUUUGUAUUCUUGGAGCCAACAGAUUCUGGAAAUUGAUAUCCGUGUUAAAAUCCCAUGCACAAUUAAGUCUGCUCGUGAAUUAGACGUUAAAAUUAGUCGGAAGCAUAUAUUUAUAUCAGAAAAGGGAGCCGAGAAUCCUAUUCUGGACCUCGAGUUAUUUAAAGAAAUCAAGACUGAAACAGCGCAGUGGUCCUUCGAGGUUAAUGAACACAUUGUUUCGAUCUCACUUGAUAAAGUGGAUGAGUAUUGGUGGGAGGCAGCUUUCGUAGGCGAGGAUAAAAUAAACGUUCAGGAAAUUGAUUGUUCCCGCCCUAUGCAUGAACUUGACGAAGAAUCUCAAGGCAAAAUUGCCCAAAUGCUCUACGAUCAAGAACAGAAGCGACUUGGUCUUCCCACCACUGAAGAGAAGAGAAUCCAGGAAAUUCUGAAAGGAGCCUGGAAUAAGGAUGGUUCUCCUUUCAAGGGCAAGCCAUAUGAUCCGAGUAGCAUCUCAAUUGAGCCGUCAGGUCAAUUUCCGCCCAGCCACCCCUGA